AUGCCACCAAAGAAGAACCAGAAACAGCAACCUGCUAAGAAGAAGGACAAUGUCGAUAAGACAUUUGGUAUGAAGAACAAGAAUAGAUCCACUAAGGUGCAGAGAUUUAUAAAGCAAGUUCAAUCACAAUCUGACCCUCUAAAGGAUACAUUGAAGAUGCAAAAAUUAGAAGAGAAGAAGAUGAAGGAAGCUAUGGAAGCUGAAAGAAGAGCAUUGUUCAAUCCUGUUGUUGAACAAAGGGUUCGUGCAGGUGUUGAUCCAAAAACUAUCGUUUGUGCUUUGUUUAAGUUGGGUAACUGUAACAAAGGUGUUAAAUGUAAGUUUUCCCACGAUCUGAGUGUUGGAAGAAGAGUUGAAAAGAAAGAUUUAUAUCAAGAUACUAGAAAUGAAAAAGAAGCUGAUACCAUGGAUAAGUGGGAUGAAGAAAAAUUGAGAAGUGUUAUUUUAUCCAAGCAUGGUAAUCCAAAGACCACCACCGAUAAGGUUUGUAAAUACUUCAUCGAAGCUGUCGAAAACGGUAAAUAUGGUUGGUUUUGGAUCUGUCCAAAUAAUGGUGAUAAGUGUAUGUAUAAGCAUUCCUUACCAGAAGGUUUUGUGCUGAAGACUAAGGAACAGAAAAGAUUGGAAAGAGAAGCAUUUGAAAACCAACCAAAGAUUACAUUAGAAGAAUUUAUUGAAAAUGAGAGAGAUCAAUUAGAUAAAUCAAAAUUAACACCUAUUACUAUCGAAAACUUUGCUGAGUGGAAGAAAAAACAUAUAAUCGAAAAACUCAAUGCAGAAAAAGCUAAUAAGGAAAAGAGGAAAUUAUCUGGUCGUGAAGUUAUCUUGAAUUUAUCAAGUGCCAAUACCAAUUUUGCUGAAAAUGAUAUUACUGAAUUAACAGAAGGUUCUGCUUGGGAUUUGACUGAAUUUACAGAUGCUUUACAUGAAGCUGAGCAUAAAGAUGAUGAUGGCAUUAAAGAUUACGGUGAUGGUAGUAACCCAACUUUUGAGAUUAAGAAAAAGUUGGCAAAUGAAGUAACAGCAUAA